AUGGAGAUUUGGCCUCUGAUGCAGCUGCUGCUCUUGGGGUUGCUGCUGGGGGCGGCUCAGGGACAGAGGGAUGAGCUGAGCUCUGAGGAGGAAAGAACAGCCCUGAUGCUGAAGGUGAGAAACUCUCCAUUUCCCUGGCACCACCCCAUCUAAUACAGGGGCAGCAUAGACAGUGGUCUGGGCCAAUACAAUUUGCCAGGGGACUCCAGGGUGGGGGGAAGAGGGGCAGCUGCCAUGUUGGAAACAGCGUGUGAGUGCAAACCAUACAUUUAAAACACACAAGCCCUCAAAGAAUCCUGGGAACUGUAGUUUACAGAGCUACAGUUCCCAGCACCUUUAACAAAUUACAGUCCUCAGGAUUGCUUGCGGGGAAGGGAUGUAUGAUAUGUAUAAAAAGGUAAAGGGACCCCUGACCAUUAAGUCCAGUCGUGACCGACUCUGGGGUUGUGGCGCUCAUCUCGCUAUAUUGGCCAAGGGAGCCGGCGUACAGCUUCCGGGUCAUGUGGCCAGCAUGACUAAGCCGCUUUUGGUGAACCAGAGCAGCGCACGGAAACGCGGUUUACCUUCCCGCUGGAGCGGUAUCCUAUUUAUCUAUGUGCACUUUGACAUGCUUUCGAACUGCUAAGUUGGCAGGAGCAGGGACCGAACAAUGGGAGCUCACCCCGUCGCGGGACCGCCGACCUUCUGAUGGGCAAGUCCUAGGCUCUGUGGUUUAACCCACAGCGCCACCCGCAUCCCUAUGUUAUGUAUAGGGUUGCCAUAUGCCUGUUUUUUUCUUGGACAUGCCUGGGAUUCCAAGGUUGAAAUUACCAUCCGGGGAGAUUGUAUAAAAAUCGGAAAAAUGUCUGGGUUUUCGCAAACAGGGGAGAAAAAGCUCAAAAACAUUUUGUGUGUUUCCCCCCAAAAUAGCUCAACAACUUUUGGGUUGAUUUCCCCCCAAAAAGCUCAAAAAUUGUUUGUGUCUUGAUUUUUUUACUUCUUGAAAUAUGGCAACCCUAGAUACAUACAGAUCCUAUGUUGCUUCCAGAAUAUCCGGCCUGCCGUUAUCCAAGAUGCAAACUUUUCCCAGAAUCCAUUAGGCAACACCAAAAGGAUACUGUGGGUUCUCUUGCCCUGCUCCCCACUGCAAUCUGUCAAGCAAUCAAUUUAUGGCUUUGCUUCAGGCAGCAAAAUGUGUUGGACUGGGAAACGAACAAAGGAAAGUGAAGCCCUGUGUCGACAUUAAGGCUUCAUGCACACCAAAUGCUUAAACCACAUUUUCCGCCCACCCAAGAAUCCUGAGAUCUGUAGUUUGUUAGGGGCGCUGGAAAUUGUAGCUCUGUGUGUGUGUGUGUAAAACUACAGUUCCCAGGAUUCUUUGGGUGAAUGAAGGAAACAUGCCUUUGAUAUAUGGUGUGUAUGCAGCCGCAGUGAACACAAAUGGGAUGGAGUGGGACCCACCAUCAACCUCGCUCUCAACUGCUAUGUGGGAAUGCCACAUUCAGACAUGACGAUUAUUGCAUUCAUUUCCCUGGUUGUCUCCAAGAAUCCGUUGUUACACCAUUCUGGAAACCGCAGCUCUGUGAGGGGGAAUAGGGGCCUCCUAACGACUCUCAGCACCCUUAACAAACUACAGUUCCCAGAAUUCUUUGGGGGACCGAAGAGGACAGGCUUUGACAAAACUUGCAUAUGCUAAUUUAUAUGUCUAGAUGCAAAUAAUUACUGUAAUUGAAAUAAAAAUACAGUCCACCUUGUCAUCGUGGGGAAAAAUGUGGCCAAGUGACCACUGUGCCUGCUAGGUCUGCUGUCAGUGAUAACAGACCCAACCAGUGUCCCUAUUUUCCAGGGACAGUCCUGGACUUACAGAAGCUGCCCUGGUUUCUGCUUUGAUUCUGGAAUGUCCCACUUUUCCUUAGGACACCCCUUUUUCCCCUAUGUUGGAGGGUAUGGAGUCAUGGGACACCCCCCCAAGCCAAUGAGCUAAGUAACUGUACAACCAUUAGAAGGCAUCUGAAGGCAGCCCUGUAUAGAGAAGUUUUUUUAUAAAAAAAAAAGUUUAAUGUUUUAUUAAAGGUAAAGGGACCCCUGACCAUUAGGUCCAGUCGCAGAUAACUCUGAGGUUGUGGCGCUCAUCUCGCUUUAUUGGCCAAGGGAGCCGGCGUACAGCUUCCGGGUCAUGUGGCCAGCAUGACUAAGCCGCUUCUGGCGAACCAGAGCAGCCGUUUACCUUCCCACCGGAGCGGGACCUAUUUAUCUACUUGCACUUUGACGUGCCUUCGAACUGCUAGGUUGGCAGGAGCAGGGACCGAGCAACGGGAGCUCACCCCGUCGCGGGGAUUCGAACCGCCGACCUUCUGAUCAGAAAGUCCUAGGCUCUGUUGUUUAACCCACAGCGCCACCCGCGUCCCAAAUGUUUUAUUAUGUUUUUAUAUGUGUUGGAAACCGCCCAGAGUGGCUGGGGCAACCCAGUCAGAUGGACUGGGUAUAGAUAAUAAAAUUAUUAUUAUUAUGGAAUAAGAUGUCCCUAUUUUCAUCAGAGAAAUGUUGGAGGGUAGCUGAUAACAGUUGACGGGCAAACUUCAAGGUGACUGCUGCACAGUUCUUUAUCCUUAUACCGGACCUGACAGUCCUUCAAACAGAGGACAGUUUUAAAAGAGACAUUCCUCUGACAGCUUUCAAAUAGAGGUCUGCCCUCUGUAAAAUUGGACACGUGGCCACUCCAGUUGCGUAAUGUUUAGACGCCUGCUCUGUGUUUUUUUCUUAGACAUACUAGGAUCUGGGGCAGUUCCAGCCUCCAACCCAAACAUAUUACUUAAGACUCUCUCUCUCUCUUUCCCUCUCUGUAAGCUAGACCCGCUCAGGCAGCCAGGAAAAAAUCUGGUAGGUCUGACUGUACAUGCAUGUUCCUACUAAAGUAAUUUAUACAAAACUCUUCGUUUGCCCUGAACGCCUCUCUUGGGUCCCUGAUCUGAAUAAUCUUACAGCUUGGAUUCUGUCCUCUCCCAUCCAGCCCUACAGCCAUUGAACUCAGUCUGCUCUCACCACACGGACUCUUCUUUCCUUUUUGCAGAGGAGUUGAGGCCUCUGUCUUACACGCAUCUGAAAUUUGUGCGCUUAACAGGCCCUGGGAAAUCCAGGGCAGGAUGAUAGGAACAGGAUGAUCUCACCUGUGCUGUGAUGUCAAAACAAAAAACACAAAAAACCCACACUCGGUGUUUGCAUGCUUUUUCCUUCUUAAAGGGAUGUUUCGAUUUGAGCAAGGCUUUGUGUUUUGCUUGAUUGCCAGCUGACUAGAUGCCAUCAAGCUGCUGCGUUCUUGUGACUGAGGUCUGGAACAAAGCCUGGAUUUCUGAAUCCUCUUGGACGCUAAAACAUGGAACUCUUUUAGAAGCAGUAACCAAGUUUUGGGACUUGGCUUAGCAUCUUCCGUGGAUGGCCAAGUCAAAGCUUAGUGAUUAUCUAGUGUGCAUUUGCGAUCUUACUGUUUGCUCUGCCUGUUUCCGUCUGUUUCUGUUACUUAAUAUCUUGACAAACAUAACUGUUUAAGCAUCUCUAAAGCAGGGGUUCCCAAACUUUUUCGGGCCAAGGUUCCAUAAAACUAUCCCAGCACCCCCUACCCUAUAAAAAGCAUUAUUCAGAAAAGCAGCAUGCAUGAUUCAUUAAGGAAGAUAACCAGAGAAUUGUAGAAUUGUAGAGGUGGAAGGGACCACAAGGAUCAUCUAGUCCAACCUCCUACAAUGCAGAAAUACUUUGCCCGAUGUGGGGCUCAAACCCAUGACCCUGAGAUUAACAGUCCCAUGCUCCACCGACUGAGCUUUCUGAAACUGAAAACCGCAACAAUUAAUUGCACAUUUAUUCAAACACCAAUCAAAACUAUUUAAUUUAAUUAAUUUAACAAACCUUGGUCAAGCGAUACCAGCUUUUCAAGGACUGAUAUAGCCAUUUACACCCCCAGCAUCCUCCUGUCACCCCCUUGCCUCUUAGAGACCCCCCCAGGGAAUCUCACGACCCCCCCAGGGGGGCAGUACCACCCACUUUGAAAGCCACUGAUCUAAAGUUUUGCCUGGGUGGUUUCUGAGGUUCCACCUUAUGCUCCUUCCAUGCUUCGAAUGCCCUCUUUAGUUACACUUCCUCCUGUUUUAGGGAACAUCAGAAACUGCCUUAUACCUAGUCAGAACAAGGGUCCAGUAUUGUUGACACUAGCAGUGGCUCUUCAGGAUUUCAGAAAAGGAACAUUCCUAGUCACACCUGGAGAUCUUGGGGAAUUAAUUGAACCAAGGACAUUUCACAUUUCUUUUCUCUGAGCAAUAGCCCUUUUCUACUUGUUACAUCCCAACCUGAAUGUAGCCUAUCUGCCUCCAGCUGUGCUGUCAGCAUGGGGCUGCAAAAAUCUACAAGAGGUGGCCAGUGGCUUGCAUUCUACGGGGUUAUCAUGCAGGCUUGUACUACUAGAUCCAUGUUUCUCAAACGUGGGGCCCCAGCAGUUGUUGGCAGUUCUGAUUUGAUCCCAGAAUGUCCUGGUUUUCCUUAGGACGUCCAUGUUUUCAUUGGAGCAAUCAUAGAAUUGUAGAGUUGGAAGGGACCCCAAGGGGCAUCGAGUCAAACCCCUGCAAUGUAGGAAUAAUGUUGGAGGGUAAGGAGUUAUGCAAACCCUGAGCCAAGGAGAUAAGUAACUAUACAGCCUUUAGAAGACACCUGAAGGCAAGACACCUGUAUAGGGAAGGUUUUUUUUAAUGUUUCAUGUUUCAUUAUGUUUUUAAAUAUGUUGGAGGCCGCCCAGAGAAGCUGGGGCAACCCAAACAGAUGGGUGGAGUAUUAUUAUUAAUAAUAAUAAUAAUCAGCACAUCCCUCUUUUCAUUGGAAAAAUGUUUGAGGGUGUGCAAACACCCCUUUCUGUCUUCCAUUCUGGUAGGCAAAGCAGAGCUCAGACAAAAACACUUGUUGUUUAGUCGUUUAGUCGUGUCUUCGUGACCCCAGGACCAGAGCACACCAGGCACUCCUGUCUUCCACUGCCUCCCACAGUUUCGUCAACUUCAUGUCGGUAGCUUCGAGAACACUGUCCAACCAUCUCGUCCUCUGUUGUCCCCUUCUCCUUGUGCCCUCAAUCUUUCCCAACAUCAGGGUCUUUUCCAGGGAGUCUUGUCUUCUCAUGAGGUGUCCAAAGUACUGGAGCCUCAGCUUCAGGAACUGUCCUUCCAGUGAGCACUCAGGGCUGAUUUCCUUAAGAAUGGAUAGGUUUGAUCUUCUUGCAGUCCAUGGGACUUUCAAGAGUCCCCUCCAGCACCAUAAUUCAAAAGCAUCAAUUCUUCGGCGAUCAGCCUUCUUUAUGGUCCAGCUCUCACUUCCAUAUAUCACUACUGGGAAAACCAUAGCUUUAACUAUACGGACCUUUGUCUGCAAAGUGAUGUUUCUGAAGGUUUUGUCAUCUGCAUAUCUGAGGUUGUUGAUGUUUCUUCCGGCAAUCUUAAUUCUGGCUUGGGAUUCAUCCAGUCCAGCCUUUUGCAUGAUGAAUUCUGCAUAUAAGUUAAAUAAGUGGGGAGACAAUAUAUAGCCUUGUUGUACUCCUUUCCCAAUUUUGAACCAAUCAGUUGUUCCAGGUGCAAAUCAAUCAGGACUGGUGAGGGCUGUGGCUUGGGAGGGUGUAUGGCUUCGGAAGAGUCCAGAGGAGCUAGGCCAGCCUUUCUCAACCUGUGGGUCCCCAGAUGUUGUUGGACUACAACUCCCAUCACUCCUAGCUAGCAAGGCCAGAGCUCAGGGAUGAUGGGAGUUGUAGUUCAACAACAUCUGGGGACCCACAGGUUGAGAACUGCUGAGCUAGGCAGAGAGACCUGGAGGGCAGCAUUUGUUCUCUCACCCCUGAGUCUGAGGAUGCCUGUUCCUAUUCUAACCCUCCUCAUCUAUCCUCCCCUUUUCCCAGCACCUGCAAGAGGUUCUGGAGCUCUCAGAAACAACUGGAGAGGAGGCUGCGCAGGAGGUCACCCUGACUGAGGUGGGGGACCCAGCUGGCAAGGAAAUCUUAGACAAAAAUGCAGAGGAGGAGGAACCCGUAGAAGAACCUCCCCGUACCACACAGCUGUCCCCAACCACAGCACCCCCAGCUCAGCAGGAGGAAGAGGAUGACUUCACCUACGUGUGUGAGUAACGCAAAGCACUCAGGUCCCCCUUCCUUUUAAAAAGGUGAUCUUCCCCACCUCGCAGUUUCACAACCCCAGUUAACAUAAUGAGAAUCCUCUUCUAGCUGGCUUUGAAGGGAGAUUUGUUAAAAGAAUGGAAGAUAGAUCUAUCGAUUUCUGCUAGCCGUGGUGGAGCCCUCCAGGCUUGGGAGCAAUGUAUGGUAGUUCUCUUUGGGCCCCAUCUGCACUACAGAUUUAAAGUUUUAUUAUGUUUUUAGUUUUAUUAUGUUUGUAUAUGUGCUGGAAGCUGCCCAGGGUGGCUGGGGAAACCCAGCCAGGUGGGUGGAGUAUUGUUGUUGUUGCUGCUGCUGCAGUAUCAUGCCACUUUAAACAGCCAUAGCUUCCUCCGAAGGCAGUCCCAAGGGGAGUUCCACAACUGCACCUCUCUUGGUCCCUGCUCUUGGUCGAGACCAGGGUUCCCAAACUUGGGUCUGCAGCUGUUUGUGGACCACAAUUGCCAUCACCCUUGACCCCUGAUCCUGCUGAAGCAGCUCAGGAUCGUAAUACCUCAAGGACCGCCUGUCUCCAUUUGAACUUAGCCAGAUCCUGGUAUCAUCCUUGAGGCCCUUCUAAGUCUGCCUCUUCCACGAGAGGUCCAGAGCAUGGCAACACGAGAAUGGGGCCUUCUCUGCAGUGGCUCCCUGCUUGUGGAAUGCUGUCCCCUGGGAGGUUCUCCUGGCGCCUUCAUUAUACAUCUUUAGGCACACCAGGCAAAAACGUUCCUCUUCAACCAGGCCUUUGGCUGAUUGAUCUGAUGUGUUGUGGAAGGGGGAUUUUUGGAUUAAUUUUGUUCUUCUUUUCAUUAUGUAUUUUGUGUUUGUUAUAUUGCAAUUUUAUGUUGUGAACAGCCCUGAGAUCUACAAGUAUUAUACAAAUUUAACAAGCAAGCAAGCAAGCAAGCAAGCAAGCAAACAAGGUGAUCUGUGGAUGUUGUUGGACUACAAACUCCCAUAAUCUUUUACCGGUUCCAUGCUGGCUGGGGCUGAUGGGCUCCGCAUUGUCUAUCCUUGUAGCCUUCACAGCUCCUUCACAGCUCCUAGGCUCUCUAUUUUUAAUAGGAUUGUUUGUUUGUUUGUUUGUUUGUUUGUAAUCUCUCUGGAGUCGUUGGGCUUAUUCUAGGGGGGGCCAAGUUCGAAUCCCAGCUCAGCCAUGAGCCGAUUUGAAAACUGCUAUUGUACCCUCCCUUAGCAGUCGUUCUGAGCAAGCUCAACAUACCCUGUUUCUCGAGCCUUCCCUCGCCUGUCGUCCCAUGCUGCCAAAUGAUGUAUCUUCUACUCUUUUCUGAAGCCACUGCUUUCUGCUUGUCCUCAGGCACAGAAGCCAAUUACAUCUAACUCCAAUCAAUUCCUAACAUAAAUCCUGAUUUCUUGGGUCUUGGCUGGAAGCAACAGUAAACCCUACCCAUCAACGACUUCCUUUCACUUUAUAAAAACCUCCGCUUUUGGCUGGAGAAGGAGAAGGGGGGCGGGAAAUCACCCUUUGCUGCACUGCCAGGAAUACCCCCAACCUCUCUAGAAUUCUAAUAUUCACAAUGGCAAUCAAAAGUUUAGGCACAGCAGUAAGAGCAAUCUCUCCUGCCAGCAAGCAUCCCACAGGGAAGUAAGUGCUAAGAUUAUUUAUUUAUUUGAAGUAUUUUUAUCCUGCUCACCAAGCCAAAAAAGAAUCCCAGAGCAACUAACGUAAGAUCUGUUAAGACAAGGCAGUCUUCUGCCAGCUGAGUUUACAAGAGACAUGACACAAAAGGAAAAAGGAUGGUGAGGGGAGAGGAAAACAAGCGCGCUCCGUUUUUAAGGCACCCGUUGACCAGGCUGCAUAGUGGUUGUCAUAAUGACCAGUUGCAAUGGAAAGAAUUCAGGGACAGGAAGAGCCAAAGGGAGCUGUCAGCUGAGACAGUGGGGUGGUCCUGUUUCCUGUCUCUCCUCCUCCUCCUGCAGCCAGAUGGAAUGGCUGCUACGAAAUGAUUGAGAGGAGACCCAUGGAGCUGGGAUCUCAAUAGAGCUGAUGGCACGAGCCCAUUGGUUUUGCAUUGCUGGAUUCAGACCAGCAUUUGGUGUGCUGCAAAAACCACUAGCCAGUUGCCUCUGGUAAGUUAACCAGAAUAGCAUAGAGGCAGAUAGCAUUCCUUUGGGAAUUAAAAGUAUAUGGCCCAGUGAGACAGACUAUUUGUCUAUCUAGCUCAGUACUGUAUUCACGUACAGGCAGCAGCAAUGCAAGGUCUAAGAAAGUAAAAAAUAAAUAAAAAAUCCUGCUCAUCACCUGUUACCUGAGAUCUUUUUAACUGGUUACGAAAUGUUGUGCAUAUCCCUGAUGGCAAGUGCAGAUGGCAAGUGCCUACAAUUUUGGCACUGGGCACUGGACACUUCUAAAGACAGACAUACAGUUUACAUAUGAACAAAACUCUGAAGACGGUUUAGUACAGGGAAAAACAGCUUCACGAGGGAGGGAGGUUGGAGUGGGGCAGUCCCCACCCAUCACUUUUUGCUCUAUGGUGCCCUUACCCCAAACCAUUCUUACACAUGAGGGGCUCCCAAGCCUUUGCAAAUACGUGUUGUGGUGAAAGGGUUAAUCACUCUCCACUUUCCCACCCUAAAUCAUCUCUCUCCCCCUCCUUACUCAUCUCUGAAGCUUUUCCCUAGAAGAAACAAGGUUUAUGUUGCACACAGUAAUUCAGAGCGACAGUUCUCCUUUCUUAAAAUUCAGAGCGACAGCUAUCCUUCACAUCACAAAUAAUUGGCUGUUGUAACUUUCGCUGGAAGCGCAGCAUCAUUGGUACCCCUUUAGGGCCAAAGUAUCCAGGAUGGAAAGCUGAGUGUAACUUUGCCCUGGCAUUUUUUAAAAGGAAAAGCACACAGGGGAGGCUGGAAUCUUGAGCAAAAGAAGUGUGUGUGUGUGUGUGUGUGUGUGUGUGUGUGUGUGUAGAGGGAAGCAGAGAGGGCAAAGGAGACUUCCCAACUAUUUCCCCUCAGUCUGUACCUCUGCUCAAAAAUUCCCUCCCCAGUUGCUCCUCUCCUGAUUUCGAUUUUUUAAAAAAAAUGUCUGGAGGGGAAAGGGUUAAGCACCCCCCCAUUUUCUGCUGAAGAGUCCAAUCUUCCUGCCAGCUCUUUUCAUUUAUAACACUUACACACACACACCACCACCACCAGGAUAAAAUUGCACACCUUGGUUGGUGUGCCAUGUUUCAUUUGGCCUUUGUUCUGGAAAAGGAUUCUGGGAAAGCGCAAUACUGGGGCUGGGGUGGGGGAUCACCCAGCUACCUAGCACUGAGGUUCACAGAAAUCUGAUGUGGAUUUUUCCAUCCUUGGAAACACAACAUUUUUUUCUCAGCAUUAGGAGAGAAAUUAGGAUGGGGUGGGGAACCCUGCCACAGUCGGUUCCAUUGCUGGCGAGCUGUAGCUGUGAAAGCCAUCGAGACUUAGUGGCUGAAAUGAAAGUUACCAUAGAAGUAAAACGUUCAAAGAAAGGAGACUGCGAAUGAUCACAGAUGGUUUAAAAAUAAAAAUACAGGAGGCGCAUCUUGGCUCUUUGUUCCCACUUCAAUCGCACUUGGCUCAAGUCGAGCUAACUUGAGUUAAGCAGUUUCCUUCAACCAUCAAGUAAUCCAGGAAUGCUUUUAACAAAUAAAUAAAAACGGCAGCUGAAGAUGAAUAAGGACUAUAUUUAGCACACUGGAGCACUCCCCAGAUAUUAUCUUAACAACCCUGCAAGGUAGGUUAGCAUGAUUAUCCCCUAUAUUAAAAAUGGGAGACAAAAAACUGGGUAGCAGGGAAGGAAUCCUUUAUAUAUUUAGGGUUUUUUUGUACACGUUUUGAUUCUUCAGUUCAAGCUGUGAUGGGGUGGGGUGGGUAACAGUGGGGGACAUAGUCUGUAGGGCAAAUGGGGCACUGUCCCACCAACCACAGCCCCCCACCACCUGGCUGCCUUCUUGCAUAGAUAAGAAAUAAUAAUAAUAAUAAUAAUAAUAAUAAUAAUAAUAAUACAUUUUAUUUAUACCCCGCCCUCCCCAGCCAAGGCUGGGCUCAGCGCGGCUAACAACCAAUAAUAAAAACAAGUUGCAAUACUACUUAAAAAAACUAGGUUAAAUACAACAUUAAAACAUUAAAAUGCAGCCUCAUCACAGGAGGAGAAAGGAAAAAAGAAAGAGGGGGAGGGAAUCAAAUUGACUCCAAGCCAAAGCCAGAACCAGUCCAGGGAGGGGCACUGCUUGUCAACCUACUUCUCCGAAACUGGAAUUACCAUAUGUAUGGAAGUGAGAGCUGGACCAUAAAGAAGGCUGAUCGCAGAAGAAUUGAUGCUGUUGAAUUAUGGUGCUGGAGGAGACUCUUGAGAGUCCCAUGGACUGCAAGAAGAUCAAACCUAUCCAUUCUGAAGGAAAUCAGCUCUGAGUGCUCACUGGAAGGACAGAUCCUGAAGCUGAGGCUCCAAUACUUUGGCCACCUCAUGAGAAGAGAAGACUCCCUGGAAAAGACCCUGAUGUUGGGAAAGAUUGAGGGCACAUGGAGAAGGGGAUGACAGAGGAUGAGAUGGUUGGACAGUGUUCUCGAAGCUACCAGUAUGAGUUUGACCAAACUGCGGGAGGCAGUGGAAGACAGGAGUGCCUGGCGUGCUCUGGUCCAUGGGGUCACGAAGAGUCGGACACGACUAAACAACAACAACAAAGUCUUUCCAUUGCAAGCACCCCUUUUCACAGGAAGGAUUUUCUGCCAGAGGAGGAAAGGGUUAAACCCCUCCUUGCCUGCCUGCUCUGAUGGCCUUUCCCCUUGAUGCAAUUUGCAUUUUCUGAAAAUUUGCACAUGAAAUGCAAAGGCAUCUUUUAAUGGCUGUGUCUAGGUGCUGCCUCACACACAUCAAACAUACCCCUUUCUUGCCUGUGGUGUUGGCUGCCCUGAUGAGUUCUUCCUUCCAAUUGCUCCACAUGCACACAGAGCCUAUUCAAGGCCAGACACCCCUCCUCCAGUUGACCACAACCACCUAGAUCUCUCCUGCAUCACUCACAGACCACCCUCUCUUAUCUGUCUCUUGCACAGAGAGGCUUAUACAGAUGUGCUUGCACGCCCCCCCAAUAAUCUAAUCCUUAGAAGCUACCCAGUCUGCUCAUUCCAUUCCUUAGCUGAGCUGAACUGCCUGCAUUUAUAAUUUGACCACAGCAAGAAACAUGGCCCCAUGAUGUGAUAAUUUACUGUUUGUGUAGGGAGCAGAGCCGUGUUCUUAGCAGUAGGUAAUUUUCUUUUAAAGAAACUCAACAUAGGCAGUAAAGGCAGUCUCCAACUUAGAACAGUUUCCAACUUAGAAUCAUGGAGUUGGAAGGGACCAUGAGGGUCAUCUAGUCCAACCCCAUGUAAUGCAGGAAUCUUUUGCCCAAUGUGGGGAUCGAACCCACAACCCUGAGAAUACAAGAGUCAUGCUGUACCAGCUAUCUCCAUGGUCUCAAUGGGAAGCUGCUGUCAGAUCAUUUGCUCUACUUCAAGGGUGGGGAAACUCUGGCCCUGAAGAUGUUAUUGGACUAACCCCCAUCAGCCCUAGACUCUAUAGCCAACAAUCAGGGAAGAUGGAAGCUGUAGGGCUGCCUUCAGAUGUCUCCUAAAGGUUGUCUAGUUACUUAUCUCCUUGGCUCAGGGGCUGUAUAAAGGUAAAGGUAAAGGGACUCCUGACCAUUAGGUCCAGUCGCGGACGACUCUGGGGUUGCGGCACUCAUCUCGCUUUAUUGGCCGAGGGAGCUGGCAUACAGCUUCUGGGUCAUGUGGCCAGCAUGACUAAGCCGCUUCUGGUGAAGCAGAGCAGUGCACGGAAACUCCGUUUACCUUCCUGCUGGAGCGGUACCUAUUUAUCUACUUGCACUUUGAUGUGCUUUCAAACUGCUAGGUUGGCAGGAGCAGGGACCGCGGUAGCAACGGGAGCUCACCCUGUCGCAGGGAUUCAAACCGCCGAUCUUCUGAUCGGCAAACCUAGGCUCAGUGGUUUAAGCCACAGCGCCACCCGCGUCCCUUUUCAGGCGUCGUACAACUCCAUGCAUUUCUCUGAUGAAAAGUGGGACGUCCUAAGGAAAAGUGGGACAUUCCGGGAUCAAAUCAGAAACUGGGAUGGCUUCUGUAAAUCCGGCACUGUCCCUGGAAAAUAGGGACAUUAGGAGGGUUUGGCCCCUAUAGAGAGGGUAUUACUUAAGAGAAUUGUUAUUGACAUCCCUCUUGUCUGGGGAGACAAUAGAAGAGGGGGCCUUGUGCGGGGUGAAAGGGGCAAAGUCAAACUGUUGGAGAGUUACAGCGCCUGCUGUGGCUGUGGAGACAGAUAUUGGAGAGAUGUUUUAUUGCAGGUGGGGCAAACAAAGGCAUCUGUUUUUGCUGCUACAGGGGCAUCAUGGUAAAGUUUGGUCAUUGCUGUGGGUCAGCCAGACAAAGGACACUAAUGGGAAAUUUGGCUGCUCAUUGUCUUGGAAAGCACCUUGGCUUGAACAUACCUCCAAGUGAUAAAGAGCCUCAGACUGCAUUACCACCUCCUUAAGAGUGUGCGCAAGGAGAAUAGCAGAGAGAUUGCAUUGGAUUUUCACUUUGCUAAGAGUCAAUUUGGAUUUCAGGGAACUGGUUGCUGGGUUGCAGUGAAAGUGUCUUUCCUUAGCAGUGCAGUGUGAACAGCCUCGCAACUGCCAGGCAGUUUGCGCUGCCUAUCAACAGACCCAUUCUCUGGUUACAGUCUCUUCUCUAGCUGCUGGGAAACCCAUGCGUGUAGCUGCCAUGAAAAAGGAAAGAAGGAAGGAAGGAAGGAAGGAAGAAAGGAAGGAGCAAACUCAGUGCUGGAGAUCAUUCGGGAAAGAUAAAAAAAUAAAGCUGCCAGUAUCAUAUUGCCUUUAUACAAAUUGAUCAUGCAACUACGCUUGGAAUAAUGUGUCUAGUCUUGGUUAAGGUAAAGGUAAAGGGACCCCUGACCAUUGGGACCAGUCGUGACCGACUCUGGGGUUGCAGCGCUCAUCUCGCUUUAUUGGCCGAGGGAGCCGGCGUACACCUUCCGGGUCAUGUGGCCAGCAUGAAUAAGCCGCUUCUGGCGAACCAGAGCAGCGCACGGAAACGCCGUUUACCUUCCCGCCAGAGCGGUAACUAUUUAUCUACUUGCACUUUGACGUGCUUUCAAACUGCUAGGUUGGCAGGAGCAGGGACAGAGCAACGGGAGCUCACCCCGGCACACGGAUUCGAACCGCUGACCUUCUGAUCGGCACGUCCUAGGCUCUGUGGUUUAACCCACAGCGCCACCUGCGUCCCAACCCAGUCUUGGUUGCUGCACCUCAAAAAGGAUAUUGUAGAGUUAUAGAAGGUGCAGAAGAGGACAAUCGAGCAGGGGCAAACGAAGGUGCCGUGACACCUGGGGUGGGGCAUCGCUAUAUAGGGCACAUGUGUGGCGUCGCUACGUACGACGCUUGCGCUGUACGUUGCACCGCCGCACUUGCCGCCGCCACUUCAGCGCCGUAUGGAUGAUGCCGAUAUCCUCUGCUUGCGGCUGUAGCAGCGACGGAGGGAUCCCAGCCCCGUCCGUAUGGCGCUCGAGUGGCACCAGCGGCAAACCGCUAUGUACAGCUCAUGUGUGGCCUUGCUACGUACAGCACAUGCGUUCAAAUCUGCUCGGGCCACCAUGCCCAGGCUGGGGCGGCAGGGCAAGCACCCCAUGGGGUGCUGCCUUGUCACCCUCCCAGAUGUGGAACCCAGGGCGCAUCGCCCCCCCCCCCCCCCGUUGCGACGCCACUGCAAUCGAGAUGACCUGGAGGCUGGAGCAUCUUGCCUAUAUGAGGAAAGGCGACAGCAUUUUGAGCAUUUUUGCGGCUGUGUAGAGAAGAGAUGAGCAGAACUGUGGAAGGCAUGUUGAAUUUUUCACCUUUCAGAUUUCAACAUUGAGGGGUGCUAAAAAAUUAUAACAUGACUUGGGAAUCCAAAAGUUAUCUUGCUUAAAUUAAUAUAUCAUUUUGCUUAGUACCUAAAAUGUUUGUAAAACUGCAUAGAGAUAAUUAUAAAUGAUUGCUAAGUAUUUGUAGUUAUAUGGUAUAUGAAUAUUAUUAUAGAAUCAUUAUUUAGCAUUACCUGACAUUUACAGGAGGUAACAUUAAAAUUUUCCAGAAGAGAGUUUAUGUGCUUCUUCAUCAAACGUAGACUUACAAAGCUAAAUGUUGUGCAGUUGCAAAAAAUAAUAGAUUUGAAUUCCUCAGACCCAAAAACGUAUUUUUAACACCCCUCAAUGAAGAAGUUUGCAAAAGUUGAGCUUUGCCCCCUAAAAUGACACACCCCAAUUGUAUAUCAUUAUGCAAAGUUUAGAUUCUUGUAUUGCAGGGGGUUGGACUAGGUGACACUUGGGGGCCCUUCGGACUUGCAAUUCUAUAAUUCUGUGUGGAGAAAGUGGAUAGGCAAUAGUUUUCAUUUCAUAAUAUUAGACCCCACUGACAUCUAAUGAAGUUGAGGAGAUUCAGGACAAAAACAAGGAGGAAUUUCUUUACACGAUACACAGUUAAACUAUGGAAUUCAGUCUCAGAAGUUGUAAUGACUUCUUAGAUUACGUUAAAGGGGGAUAAAACAAAUUCGUGGAGAAUCAGUGGCCUUUAGUCAUGACAGCAUCAUAUGCUACUUCCAGAAGCAGAGGUCAUGCUCCUCUAAAUGCUGUCCGCUGGGGAUUUACCAUGGGAGAGAGGCCUGUUGCUCUAGUGUGCUGUUUAUGGGCUUCCCAUGGGCAUUUGGCUGGCAACUGUGAGAGCAGGUGCCCAGUGUGAAACAUGGACAACUUAUAAAUGCCAUCUCCAACUCCUCAAAAGAUUCCGUCAACGGCGUCUCCAAAAAAUUUCACACAUCACUUGGGAAGACAGGCGAACUAAUGCCAGUGUACUGGAGGAAGCAAAAAUCACCAGUGUUGAAGCUAUGAUUCUUCAACAUCUGCUUCGUUGGACUGGUCACAUUGUUCAGAUGCCUGAUUAUCAUCUUCUAAAACAACUACUCAAUUCAGAACUAAGAAAUGGCAAGCGUAAUGCUGGUGGUCAACAAAAGAGGUUCAAAGACUCUCUCAAGGCAAAUCUAAAAAAAAUGUAGUAUAAAGACUGACAGCUGGAAAACACUGGCCUGCAAGCGCUCCAGUUGGAGAAUAGCCUUUACCAAAGGUGUCAUGGGCUUUGAAGACGCUCAAACUCAGGACAAAAGGGAGAAACACGCUAAGAGGAAGACACACUUGGCAAACCCUCACCAUGAUCAAAUCCCGCCCGGAAACCUAUGUGUCUCUACUGUGGAAGGAUAUGUGGAUCCAGAACUGGCCUCCACAGUCGCUUGCGGACUCCCUGUUGAGAUUGUGUUCAUGGAUGACAAUCUUACUCGGCUACGAGUGAUUGCCAAAGAAGAAGAGUGGUUAGAGUGUUGGACUAGGCCCCAGGAGACUAGGGUUCAAAUCUCCACAUGGCCUUCAAGCUCAUUGGGUGAUGUGUUGUUGUUUUUAAUUAUUUAUCAUUUUCAUUUCACAAUAAGAACAAUAAAUAGUAAUCCAAAUACCAAAUACACAUUUAAUUUCGACUUCCCUGUGUCCUUUCCAUGGUUCACUUCAUUAUUUUCUUUUCCACUACAUAUUCUCAUUGAUCUCUAUCUUUUCAUUUUCUAUAUCUGCAGAGUUAUUACUGCUGAAUUUACUCUGUUUAACAGUACUCCGUUACUGUUAACCUUUUAAUAUGCUUAUAUUUUUCCAAAUAAUCCACAAAACAUUUCUAAUCUUCUUUAAAUAUCUCAUUUGGGUAGCGUUGGGCCAGCCACUGUCUAAUUUACGUCAUAGGGUUAUUCUGAGGAUAAAAUGUGGUGACCAGAAUCACGUAUACCACUUGAGCUUCUUGGGAGGAAAGGCGGGAUAUAAAUAAAAUAAAAUAAGCAGAACAUUGGAACUUAUGGGCUGGGCUGGGGAACCUGUGGCCUUCCAGAGGUCACUAGGUUACAGCUCCCAUCAUCCCAGGCCAUUGGCCAUGCUGCCCAGGGCUGAUGGGAGUUGGAGUCCAACAGCAUCUAGAGAGACAGUUUCCCCACCUGUGAGAUUAUAUCCUUACAAGAGCAUUCCUCCUGUUCAGGGCUUCAGUUGAAACUCACCAGAAUUGUCAGGUGGGCACCACUGCCAUUAUAAGAGAACAAGGGAGGCGUACAUGAUGGGUUCCUGCACCUCUUUUUCUAGAAAUAUAGCACUGUACCUGUUCCUCUGCUUCCGGCCCCAUAAAAUUUGCCUUUGUUUCUCUUCUACUUCCACCUUCCUUGUUGUCCAAGCAGUCUCCCGCCUGAACAGCCUGGAUGCAGCCGUCCACCGCCUCAAUGUGCAGUUCCACCUCAUGGACGUGAAGGUCUCCCAGUUCUCUCAAGGCCUGGCUGAACUGAAGGGGAGCAUGACGGAGGCUCACGAAUCGCUCGACUCCUUGAAAGAAGUCACCACCCGCAACCAGAAAGAGCUCGGAAGAAUCGAUGGUGAGGACAGGGGGCAGGGAGGCAAUGCACAUUGGGAGUGGUUAGGAAAACAGGGAGCAGCCCUAUACUGUCAUUGGUUCCAUUCCCUGCAAUGCAGGAAUCUUUCACCUAACGUGGUCCUCAAGCCCACCACCCUGAAAUUAAGAGUCUAAGACUAAGCUAUCCCUCCAGUAAAGUGUUUUUUGGCUUUGUUUUAAAGACAAAAAGGAUCAGGAAGGCCAGCCACAGAUCUCCAGCAUCAUGUCUGCUUCUGGCCCUCAGCCUGCAAGGGCAGGAAGUGGCUAAAGGGCAAUAACAGGCAGAGCCCUUGGAAAUGCAAAGCCAUGUUGAGAGCUGGACCGAGCGCCUGAGGCCGCCAGUUGCCAAAUCCCUCCUUUAGCUCAAAAAGCUGUCGUUCUUUUGGUGUCAAGAUUGUGUGGUGUGUGUGUGUAUGUGUGUCAGAGAGUUAGGAUUUCGUAUGCUGCUCAGGGCUGAUGGAGCGUAAGGAUCAAAGCAAAGGUUAUUCAGGGAAAGAGGGGGAUUGUCUGAAUCUAGCACACUGAGCUCGGGUUGAGAUGUGAGGGUGGAGGGGUUUCUCUCUCUUUAUAUCUUUAUAUAAUUUAUUAUUCUUAUUUUUCAAACGUUUUCACAUUGACCUUCAAAUCAAACACACUAUUUCCCACCCUCAUCUCUGCAGCAUUUUUACUCAAACCUUUUCUACUGCAUUAGAUCUUUAUCUAUCACAAAAUUUCUCUGUUCUAAUUAUUUUGUCAUUUUCCCUCCUGCCCGCGAUUUCAUUUGACUGUAAUAUUUUUUUUAAAAAAUAGGCCACGAAAGGCCUCCAUUCUUCAGGAUGGAGGCGUUUCUCAAGGCCAUUCAUCCUCUGUUGCCCCCAUGUGUCAAAGUUCAGACUGCAGGCUCCUUGGGGCAGAGACCUAUCUCCUUGCAUUCCACUUGAUGGAAUCGCAAGCUGUAGGUAGCAGCAGUUGCCAUUGUAACCAUGACACUCUCUGCCCUAUCCCAAGGUUGCCUGCGAGGCCGCCGGACCCACGGCAAAUGCUUCCUGAUCUUCAAGAACUUCGAAGUCUACGACGCAGCGCAAAAACUGUGCGAGCUCAGGGGAGGGAACCUGGCCAUGCCAGCAGAUGCCACCGAGCUGGCCUUCCUGCGCCGCUACCUCUACGACGCCUUCCAGCCUAACAACUGGCCUGUCUGGGUGGGCAUCAACGACCGGCGCUCAGAAGGGCUGUGGCUCUUCGAGAACGGGCAGCGCGUGUCCGUCUUCGACUGGUACCGCGACUUCCUGGUGACUCAACCCAACGGCGGUGCUCGGGAGAACUGCGUGUCCCUCAGCUCAGACGACGGGAAAUGGUGGGACAAUGACUGCGAGCGGCGGAUGUAUUACGUCUGCGAGUACCGCCUCUAG